CCGUCCUCUCAACUCGCUGCAGAUCAAUUAUGUUAAGAGAACAUCUGUAAGUAGAGCUUAAUGAGGUCCAUUAGAGCAACAUGCGCUGCCUUCCCUAACGGUGCUUGUCAGCUUCUUGGAUGAGCUGGAGUGUGCUGCUGACUGGGGACCUGGUGGAGGGGCUUAAAUAGGAGAGGAGGCUCGACUCUCCGCUGCUUUUUCCUGCCAGAGAGACAGAGAGACAGAAAGACGGGGGAGAAGGGAGAAGGUGAGGAAACAGCGAGGGGGACGAGAGACGCCCUGUGAAGCCGGGGCCGGGGGGGAAAGAAGCCGAGUUUAGUGGGCGAUCUGACAUCCCAACAACUUAAGCAGAGACGCAAGUGUUCUCCAACUCCUGAAGUUUUCUGUUUGGAGUUGGACGAGCUGUGAGAAAGUUGUGGACACGGAGAAGAUAAACACCGCUGAGAGAGUUUGUUUUGGGCAUCCCCGGCUGCACUUUAAGGUAUACAAAUGCUCUCCGUCCAGCCGGACACCAAGCCAAAAGGCUGUGCCGGCUGCAACCGGAAGAUCAAGGACCGCUACCUGCUGAAGGCCCUCGAUAAGUACUGGCACGAGGACUGCCUCAAGUGUGCCUGCUGCGACUGCAGGCUGGGCGAGGUGGGCUCCACGCUCUACACCAAAGCCAACCUCAUCCUGUGCCGGAGAGACUACCUACGGUUGUUUGGCGUAACGGGGAACUGCGCAGCCUGCAGCAAGCUAAUUCCAGCCUUCGAGAUGGUCAUGAGGGCCAAGGAGAACGUCUACCACCUGGACUGCUUUGCGUGCCAGCUCUGCAAUCAGAGGUUUUGUGUGGGAGACAAGUUUUUCCUGAAGAACAACAUGAUCCUGUGCCAGACAGACUACGAGGAGGGGCUGAUGAAGGAGGGCUACGCUCCCCAGGUCCGCUGACCCUCAUAGGCCUACGAGAAGGAAGAGGAGGAGGAAGAGGAGUGGGAGAAAGAGAGAGAGAGAGACUGAUGGAGAGCUUGCAAUCACACAACAAAAAGCACUAUUGCCUCCUGUCCAGCUCCUGUCCCCCACAUGUACAUAACUAAGCAAGCUUCCCUGGGAGGGGAGGGGACACACUCUGCUGUACAGAAUAGCCAUAGAGACGCCAGUGUGGCAGGGAAAGGCCCUGGGAGCCUACAACAAACUACAAGUGUGAAAAAAAUAGUUUGGCCAUUUCUUUGUGUGUGACGGAUGCUGCCUCUUUCCUCCUGGCCAACAUUUACCGGCCUCAGAGCAAUUUCUUACCAACAGCUGAUCCUGGUUGUUGGAAAGCUAAAAAAAAAAAAAAAAAAAAAUUAACCCACCCAAAAGCAGUCUUGUCUCAUCUUACCUGACAAGGACAGACAACUUCUACUUGAAUCUAAAACACACUGAGGUAUUGUCAAUCAAUGUAAUUUUGAGAUAAAGACCUUUUUACUGUUCAUCAGAUUAAAAACACAGUGAAUGUAAACUAAAGAGCGGCAAAAAUAAUGCUGAUGACUAAUUUGUUGGUGUGUAUGUGUGCGCGCUCGCGUGUGUGUAUGUGUGUGUGAGUGUGUGAGCAUGUUGAGGAGUUGUUUGUCAUGCAGUCUCGCAAGGCUUGGUCUGGUCCAUAUCGUCCUUUCAGAACCUUAAGAAUCCAAAACUGAUCACAAGAGUAUCAACAUGCUUUUAAAUCACACAGCUGCAUCAGCUCAUGAGCAUAAAAUUAGAGUUUGCGAAAUAAUUUAUGUGGUUCUCUGGAUGGAUAACAGCUCUCACACAAUCACUACUAGGGCUGGUUAUCAGUACCCAUUACCUUUCAGGUAUUGUCUGAAAUUAUCCAGUACUAGGUAGUAUUGAAACUUCUCCAGUUAAACAAAACCUGCAUUUUUGUACCUAGAUCUAACAAAAAAUGACUAUUUGUAUUGUGUUGCUCACGGCUGAUUACCGCAAGCAUUCUUCAGUUUAAUGCAACAUGUCACUAGCCGAUUACUGCAGCAGCUACAACCCAUGGAGUCUGUUAUGUGGUGAAGUUGAGAGUGGUGUAUCUGAUGGAGUUGGCAGCUCAGCAUGCCAAGAUUCCACCAAAACCUUGGAAAGUAUGGCUAUACUACACACCUUUGGUGUUUGGUGGCAUUUAUGCAACUGACUGCUUCCAUUCACAUGAUAGGUAUCAAAUGAAGUAGACAAAAGAGGUCUAAAAUUAAGAACUCUACAGGAAUUGGUAUCAAUUCAAGGGCACUGGUAUCAUAAAGUUUUUAACAAUACCCAGCCCUAUCACCACUAUGCCACUAGAAGACAAUUGAUCCUUGAAGACAAGAGUCACAUAGGCCUACUUUUCAGAUAGUACCUGAGUGCAAUUGGCCUUUUUUGCUCAAAGUAGGCAGCCUUUAAGUAUAUCAAAGCUGCACUGAUUUGUAUCUUUAUAUUAACAAUGACUACUUCUAAUGUGAAGGAGUCUCUCGUAGUGACAAACUCCAGAAAAUCCUUACCUGACUUUCUAACUUUUUAGCCACUAGCCUGCUCAGUACCAAACAGCAGUCAAAGUUAGCGACCGGCUGGUGAAGUAUAACAUUUAGUGGCUAAUGAGCCGGAUAUUUUUCACAGCAGCUGGUGGAGACCGAAACAGAGCUAAAAGUAGAGUGAAUAUUGGACUUACUUUCAACAGGGGACCAGAAACAUAACUCCAAUGAGAUGCUAAUGAGCCAUCUUGUAUUAAUGUGCGUUUUGGUGAUCUGAACACAGAUGGACAGGCCAGACAUACUGCCUUCACACCAGCUGACCACUUUUGUUCACAUUUCAUUGCUGCCUAAGUAACUUACACCAAAAGGUCAAAAGCCCCCACUGCACAGUUAUUAAGCCCACACUCUCGCUAGCUGCUCACUAGCGUGCUAGCUAGUCACAUUAGUGGUUGUGUUAGUACAGCUGGAGAUGUCAUUGUCAGCAGAAUUCAACAUGUUUCCGACCAUUGGUAAAAAUGAUGGAUGGUCAACCAACACUUUGUCCAACUCGUCGGAAAAUGGACAAGUUAUAGAACCUUUGCACGCUGUCACAAAAACAACCUGCAUUGAUGACAUAGUCAUUGGACCCAUGGUUGUAUCUAGAUGGUAACCCCAGAUUGGAGAUUAUGAUCCAUGUUUCAAGUCAUCACCCAACACCAGUGUUGGGUAAGGGUUACUUUAAAAGUAAUCAAAGUACGUUACUGCGUUACUCCCUGAGUAAAGUAACUCAAUUACUUUAAAAGUACUUCCAGUGUUACUCCCUGAGAAAAGUAACUGAAGCACUUUUAAAGUACUUUUGAGUAUUCUACAUUUCCUAUUGGGCAAUGGACCACAGGGCGCUAAGCCUACAUUUUUUUGUCUCCAAAAUUAAAGUUAUGGACCACUUGCCCUUCACUGAGAUCCAAUUCUCCCAUCACAGCCGUCACUUUGACCAGUA